CACCUCUUCGGCUGCCAUGACAACCAUACAAGGAAUGGAACAGACCACACCAGCAGCUGGCCCUGGGAUGUCCCUGCCAGGGAUGCCUGUUAAUCUACGCUCAUAUUGGUGGAAAGGGAUGCCAGAGAAAUUCUUGAAGGGAGAGCCAAAAGCCCUUGGGGUUGUGCAAAUCAUUAUUGCUCUGAUGAUCCUCAGCUUUGGAAUAAUAAUGAUGUGUACCUCACUUCCCUUUUAUGGACCAAGUCCUUUUAUAACGUACACUGGGUACACAAUUUGGGGAUCUUUGAAGUUUAUUGUUUCAGGAGCUUUGUCAAUUGCAGCAGGAAAAAAAACUACAAAAGGCAUGGUCCGAGGUAGCCUAGGAGUAAACAUCACCAGCGCUAUCUUGGCUGGAAUAGGAAUCAUACUUACUUCAAUCAGCUUGGGUAGUUAUCCAUUCCGCUAUUAUUACUGUCACUAUUAUAAUGUGUCAGAAAACUGCUCAUUGGUUUCAUCGAUUUUAAUAGGAAUAGAUGUCAUAGUGCUCAUUCUAAGUGUGCUGGAAUUAUGUAUUGCUAUAUCCGUCUCGGCUUUUGGAUGCAAAGUAAUCUGUUGUAAUCCUGGUGGAGUUGUAUUCAUUAUGCCAUCCAAUUCUCAUGGGGCAGAAACAGUAUCUCCUGAACCAGUGUAAAACAACGUGAUGCCAGCAACGGAUCAACAGAAGAAUGGUACAGAAGACUUUUGUUGAUAAUAGUCCCA